AUGCAGAAGUGUUUGUUGAUGGUCUUCAUGUACGACACUGGUAGUGGGUGGCUUCCAUCGGACAUCUACACAUGGCCGGACAUGAUUCAGGCCGUUCGCCUUAUGGCCACGAGUGGUGUCGGCAGCCUGAAACUCUGGCUGGGCGAUACGAACCAUGUGUAUGGCCUGGUAAACGUGGCCGCCUUCUUGGCGCAGUGCAUGCAGGAAACGAUCCAGUACAAUGCCUGCGAUGAGAACAACUGGAGCGACAAGGCGGUGGUCCAAGAGGCGGGUGGGGCGACCUACUCGGCAGCGUCGGCUUGUGGCCAACUCCAUCAGUCCUAUCAGGAUUACAGCUGCUCGCCAGAGGAGGAUGCCCUCGCUGGCGGGAAGAUGGCUUGUGAUGUCGACCCAAAUAUGGAGAUGCGUGCCUACACACAGGCCGGCUGGUAUGGAGCCCCGGCGAAGCUCUUCUGCGCACCCAAGUCCAAGGUUCCCAAGGCUCCGAGGUGGGACUACAGUGCACCAUGGUGCGCGCCAGAAGAUGGAUAUGGCCAUGUCCCUCCCUUUGCUGACGAUGUGCCCCUGGACGAGUACUUUGACUACGUCAACGGAGGUGGCAGCUGCAAGGACUACCAGGGCAUCAAGACAGGAGGAUGGAAGUUCACAGGUGAGGGCUGCGUCGAUGGCGCUUGCCCAAAUCCAGAUGCGCCCUUGUUUGGGCAACCGGAGGGCCGUGAGGACUUGGAGGGCUGCUGCUGGUGGGGCCGAGGCGUGAUCCAAACGACGGGAACCUGCAACUUCGGGAAGCUGAACUUCUUCAUGGGCAAGAGGGCUUCGGACGAGGGGCGAUCCUCCAUUUAUCCGCAGAUCGACUUUUGCAAGAACCCGAACUCCAUUUGCGAUCCGAGCAGCCCGCCGGAGCUGAAAUGGGUGGCUGGCAUGUUCUACUGGCUGAACGCCGUGCAGCCUUAUAGCUCCGGUGGCUGGGAUUACAUCGCGGAGCUGAAGAAGUGGGUGGACAACGGCAUGCAGAAGGGCGAUCGAUCCUUCAUCAACGGGGCCUCUGGCAUCGUGAAUCGCGGCUGCCACAAUCCACCCAACUGUGGUACCGGAGAGCUUCAUGCGGCCACGGAGCGCGCGGCGAAUUUCGACAAGGGUGCCCCUCACCUCAAAUCUUUGCGGGAGCCUCCUUGGCGAUUGGGCUACAGGCCUUUUAGUGCCUCUCACCUAGCGCGUGCCGAAGCGCUGCUGACAAAAUUAGUCAGCAGGGGCAUAGCGAAGCUUUGUGCACUGAAGGUCCAAGGAUGCAGGAGUCCACCAAAGUUGGAAGGUCUCAAAAGAGACUCGGCGAGACAUGCCAAAGUUGUCCAGCAGCUGAUCGUCUUCGGGGAUGCACCCUGGCGAUGCGAUACAAAGUCCUCGCCGGAGAGUACUCCGAAGUAUUGCUGUGAAAAGCGACGCCGCCCGCGCCGGGUUCAUCCAUGUCUGCCGCAGUUCCGAGUUCAGGCAGUGCAUUUAACCUAA